AUGAAUGAAACGUCUGUGAAGAAGGGCGACAAUUUACUAUUCGAUUUUCUUGGAUCUGUGGGCCAAACUAAGCCAAAUGCAUCAUCGAAGACAUUAACUGUACGUGAAGAACUUAUAUUGUAUAGUUCAUUGGCAAUUGAAACCUAUAAUAUGAUAACUAGUAAAGGCAAAAUUCCUCAUGCUCUCGAUUUUUGGCGAACACAUAGCGAUAGUCUACCUAUUCUUCAAGCACUAGCCUAUAAACAUCUUUCUACGUCUCCUACCUCAGUGCCAGCUGAGUCUGUAUUUUCAACUGCUUCAUAUCUAGCAAGAAAAUAG